AUGGCAGCCCUACCACGUAGAAUAAUCAAAGAGACUCAGCGACUAAUGCAAGAGCCUGUGCCAGGAAUAAGCGCAGUACCCAGUGAGACAAAUGCACGUUACUUCCAUGUAAUCGUCACCGGCCCAGAAGACUCUCCCUUUGAAGGAGGACUAUUUAAAUUAGAAUUAUUUCUACCAGAGGACUAUCCCAUGUCAGCGCCUAAGGUUAGGUUUAUAACGAAAAUAUACCAUCCGAAUAUAGAUCGGCUUGGUCGUAUAUGCUUGGAUAUACUGAAAGAUAAAUGGAGCCCGGCACUUCAAAUCCGCACGGUGCUGUUGUCUAUUCAAGCUUUAUUGUCGGCGCCGAAUCCCGACGAUCCCCUUGCAAACGACGUGGCUGAACUCUGGAAGGUUAACGAAGGCGAAGCAAUUAGAAACGCUAAGGAGUGGACACGAAGAUAUGCGAUGGACAACUGA